GCUAGCCAGAGGUGGCUGGCUCCUUCUGCCAGUCUGGAGGAAGUUUGGGACCUUGACCCCUAAUAAGGGGCACAAGGGAACAUCAUGCAGGAUCCAAAUGAAGAUACAGAAUGGAAUGAAAUUUUAAGAGAUUUUGGCAUUCUUCCUCCAAAAGAAGAACCAAAAGAUGAAAUUGAAGAGAUGGUGUUACGCUUACAGCAGGAGGCAAUGGUUAAACCGUAUGAGAAGAUGACACUUGCACAAUUGAAGGAAGCUGAGGACGAAUUUGAUGAAGAAGACAUAAAAGCUAUUGAAACAUACAGAGAAAAGCGGUUAAAGGAAUGGAAAGCACUUAAGAAGAAACAAAAAUUUGGAGAACUGAGAGAAAUUUCUGGAAAUCAGUAUGUGAAUGAAGUUACAAAUGCAGAAAAAGAUUUGUGGGUUAUAAUUCAUCUAUACAGAUCAAGUGUCCCCAUGUGCUUGUUGGUCAACCAGCAUCUUAGCUUCCUAGCAAGAAAGUUCCCAGAGACUAAAUUCCUUAAAGCCGUCGUGAAUAGCUGUAUUGAACACUACCAUGACAACUGUUUACCAACAAUUUUUGCUUAUAAAAAUGGUCAGAUAGAAGGCAAAUUCAUUGGAAUUAUAGAAUGUGGAGGGAUAAAUCUCAAGUUGGAAGAACUUGAAUGGAAACUAUCGAAAGUUGGUGCAAUACAGACUGACUUGGAAGAAAACCCCAAAAAGGGCAUCACGGAUAUGAUGGUGUCUUCAAUUAGAAACAUUGCCAUUUAUGAUAGUGACAGCUCCAACAGUGAUAAUGAUGCCAAGUAGAACUAGUUAAUAAAUAGCUUUAAAGUAUA